AUGGUACUUAGAGGCAUAACGGGGGCAGUGCGUACAACUCCUACUGCUGCCCUAGGUGCCCUCUUGGGGCUAGAACCCUUACACCUUACAAUUAAAGCAGCGGCGGUUAAGGCUGCCCUGCGGUUGAGUGGUCCUGUGGGCCGCAGGGAAGUGGGCAGAUGUCGUCUCCCAAAGAAAUUGGUGAGAAUCCCCCUUCUAAGUAUGAUUAGGGACAGAACUGUCCCUUUGUACCUCUUCGACAAAAAGUAUAGGAUUAAUAUACCUAGUAGAGAAGAUUGGAUAAAUGGACUGACAAGUAUUCCAGCUGACUGUGAAGUCUGGUACACAGAUGGAUCAAAAGGCGGGAAUAGAGUUGGUGCAGGAAUCUAUCAUGUAACCUCCCAAGUGGGACACUCCUUUAAGUUGGGGACCACUGUUACUGUGUUCCAAGCCGAAAUUGUGGCAAUAUUUUAUGGUGCUGUUGAAGCCUUGAAAAAUUGUCACAACAAAGAUAUUUUUUUCUUUUCGGAUACCAAGGCGGCCAUUUUCUCCUUGAAACGAUACGUAUCAACAUCACGGCUGGUCGGUGAUUGUCAUGAAGCACUUAACAAACUAGCUGAAACGAACCGCGUUACCCUCUUGUGGAUUCCUGGUCACAGUGGAUUCGCGGGAAACGAUAGGGCGGAUGAGCUAGCCAAAGAAGGGGCUAGAAAACAACUUAUUGGACCUGAAACUCCCAUUGGUGUUUCCAACAAAUGCCUGACACUGAAAAUUAAACAGUGGAUAGCUGCAAGACACCAAAGGGAAUGGCAGGUAACUAAGGGCUAUAGACAAGCCAAGGGUGUGGAGAGGAAUAUAAAACCCCGAUACACAUCUUGUGUCACUGCCCUGCAUUUGUGA